AUGGGGUGCGGAGUUUCCCAAAGUGAAAUGAAACCCGAGCAGAACGCGACCGUGUCCGACCUGGAAAGAAUCAUAGGAGGAACACGAGUCCCGAGUCAGACGAAGUAUCCCUGGAUGGCUUGGUUGAGGAGUGCCCAGUACGAAUUCAUCUGUGGAGGGGCCCUCAUCAAUGAUCGAUACGUUCUCACUGCUGCCCAUUGCGUCUUUUGGAAUCCAAACGGUUCCUUCACCGUGACCUUGGGAGACCUGGACCGAUCGACCCCAGACGAAAGCGAAUCCAUUCAGAUUCCAGCGAGAGCCAUCAUCCAUCCACAGUACGAUACUCCGACCUGGCUGAGCAACGACGUCGCGCUCCUCAAACUAGAGACUCCGCUGAACUUCUCGGCCUUUCCGCACAUCCGGCCCAUAUGUCUCUCCUCCGGUGUCAACCCCGGUGAGGGAACGAAUGGAGAUUCUGGGGGCCCGCUGAUGCAUCGAACUCUGACUGGAUUCUAUUACAGCGCUGGGAUCGUCUCGUUUGUGAAGAGCGAAGCGUGUCCGGUUGAAUACGGGGCCGGCUUUGCAAGGACGGCAAGUAUGCGCUUCAGGGCCUCUUCGCAGCUCUUUUUCGGAGAGGAA